UAUGGAACGUGUCUUUUUCCGGAUGUGACAUAUUUAAUCGGUACACAUUUAGUAAAUAUCGCAACCUAGUGCCACAAUGGUAAGUUAUGGCACUUUGUGGUCUACUAGCAUAGACUUAUGGGUACGGGCGUUAUUGAAAGACCUUCGACGUAAUCGUACCAGUGCCUUGCUUGGUAUAUUGCGCACCUUUUCUCGUCGCAGAGGUUUGAAAGCAUUUUACACAGCAUUGUUACAUUGCUGUGGUGACUAUAAUGAUCCAUUAGUGGUUCUUUUGCUGAGGUUAUGUCAACUAAGUCGUUAUAAAGUUGACAUACCUAAGGAUGAUUCAGAGGUAUCGUCAUCUACCAAAUCUAAAGUUACGGUUCAGGAUGGCAAAAUACCUACUUAUUGUAUGUUGAGUCGUUGUAUUCUUGCUACUAUUACGCCUUUCUUACUUCACGUGCUGCUUAGUCGUCGCAAGGUUCCCAUGAGACAUCAAUCACGAUGUCAUUGUCACUCUGCUAUAAUUCAGGAUUUCAAUGUAUUCGCUUCGAAUAGCAGCGCUAUAUCAGAAAGUUAUAUUGCUAGAUGCCGGAGAAGUAGUACUCGUUUACGUUCAAAGUACAGCAUCAUACCGCGUUCGGCUUGGUUGAACUCAGGAAAUGCUGGUCGAUUAGAGCGUGCUAUUUACUAUUCGGGUAGUACAUUAUCUUUGUUGAGACAAGUUGACCCAUCUGAGAGUGCUACCCAGAAUGAAAUCGUGGACCGUAUAAAGUCUUCAGAUAUUAUUAAUCAAAAUCCUAUUGACAACAUAUCGGGAUUACAGGCGGUAUUAGUACUGAUAUCCGAGAUGCAUAAUGUACGUGUUUCUGAUGCUAUACCGUGUUCUUUGUAUCAGGUUUAUGAGAAUCUACAGGGUACACAGGGUCCUAUAUCCACUUGUAUCGAAGACGCUAUAGUAUAUUUGCAGCGCUUGAAGACGUUAGACCUUGAUUUCAAGAGCAAUCGCAUUCAAUUAUUACGUGAUGCUGCUAAGGAGUAUAAUUCAUUCAAUCAACAAUUCGUUGGUCACACCAAUGUUCAGGUCCGUGAGCCUGGUAUAUGGGACAAUGUGAAGCGGGCAUUCCGCAUGAAUCCGGCAUGCAAACAUCAGCCAAAAACUGGAUUCUACCGUCGUAUAUCGGUUUCGGAUUACUUUAGUAACUCUAUUGGCCAGGGUAUUGAUGAUCGUCAGUUAUCGUUUAUCGUUGGUAACUGUUUACUGUUUAGCAGUGAAUAUAUCAAUAUUUAUGUGAAGUUGUACAGUGCAUUGACUCAUGGAGGUGGAUCAUCAUUUUUUACUUUCUAUGAUCGUUUUUUGAUGCUGGCCGCACGUGCUAUGAUUUAUAACGGUGAUAAUGCUAACUACAUAGAUGAUGACAUGAAGUUAUCUCCUCCUUUGAUAUUUUAUUACACGUUUCUCAACGUCAUUGGUUCCAUAUCGGGUGAUGUAUUUGUUCCGUUGACUGAGAAAUCAUUAUAUUUUACCGAUAAAACUUUUGUGGAUUGGAUAUCUAAUGCCAUGUUUGUAUCAUGCAAUAAAUACGCAUCUACUGAAAGUUCAACCUCCAGUGCCUUCACAAAGGGCGACUCAACAAUGAUUGAUACCUCUUUGGAUUCUUCAUUAAGUGAAUUGAGUGGAAAUAAGGAAGGAUUAAGUCACGUUGAGAACCCGGUUGUAUCUGUUUGUAAUGAUCUUAUAUCAAAUAGACGAUCAAUAUUACAAGGGUCAUUAGCUCCGUAUGCUCGGAGGGUAUAUAUAUCUGAAGAAGCUAUUUUGUGUAUAUUACGUGCUCAUACUUUGAUUUUUAAGAUAAAUUUUGACCACAUGCGUGGUUCAUUCCGUCACAUUCAAGACUGUUUCAAGAGAUAUAUGGAACUUCAUUCUUUGGGUUCAUCUACUAGAGAUGUUAGUACAUUUCAGUCAUUUGUUAAAGAUGUUCUUUCCGGGCGUCGUUCAUUGCAUGAUAGCAAGUACAAUGCUUCCUACAUUCGUCUUGCGUUGCCGUAUGCCUUAUAUUCAUAUGCGCAACUAGUAUUCACUCAGCUGAGUAAAUGCGCUUCGCGAUAUACGUACCCUCAAGCUUUUUGGCUAUCAAACUGUCACAUGGCCAUAUUAUCUAGGCGUAUACGUGGUCGUGUUAGUGAACCACAUUUAUAAAUGUUUACUUAAUUGUAAUCAACAUUGC